AGGGCAUUUCCGAUGAAACAAACGCGCUUUUGGACCAAUAAAAUGUAGCAUUUCCCACAGCACCCAUUCCUCGCCACGAUUGCUUACUUGUUUGCGAUGAAGUAGCAGCUUCUCCAUCUGAAUGUUUCCCUCUUGCCUAUCUGAACUUUCCGUGUUUUCUGAUCUUUGCGAAAAGAUCAGUGGUCAGAAGACUGUAGAUACGGCCAGAGUGAUGCGACUAUUGCAGAUGGAUGAUGAACACCUAGAAGCAGCUCGCAAUAAGGAUCAGAUGGCAAUUUUUAGAGAUGAAGUGUUGUCAAGUAUAGAUCUGAAGAAUGAUAGUAUCGACCUUGGCACUACUAUAGAAAGGGCUGCUCUGGAAGAUAAAGAGUAUACAACUGACAAUCCAGUGGCUCAAUCUAGGACCGCCUCAACAACUGAUUCUGGCUUAGAAGUCGACUUUGAAGCACCAUUUGAAAAGAAAGAGGAAGGAAAGGGAGAUGGUUGGCUUCCACGGGGAAAUUCUAAAUCAAGCAUGCUUAUCCAAGUCUUGCAAGUGGAUCGUCUACCCCUCGAAUGCUCGUCUUCCACAGUGUUUGAGAAUUCCGAAGAUGAUAUAGUCAAAGAUGUAGAAAACCUAGAGGCAAUACUCACUAAAAGUAAGAGGAGGCAAAGUGUAGAGGUUUUGGAAAGUGAACUAGAUUCACAAUCUGUGCACUCACCUUCUAUAGUUUCCUCAUCAACUUUUCUCAAAAGAAAGAAGAAAAAGAAGUUGAAGAAAAGCAGUUUAUCACGCACAAGGUUCAAAUGCCUUCAUUGUAUUACUUAAAAGUUGACUCUGAAGCCGUCUGUUUGUUGGACAAAAUGACAUCUACAAUCAGAGCACUGUCUCGUGGACGAACCGAUAUUCAUCUGUUCAGCCAAAAUGUUGCCGUAAACGCAAAAACUGGUGUUAGACCACCUUCAACUUCUAUCAAUGUCGUCGAUCCCGAAACUAUUCAGUGGAUAGUAUCUGGAGAAGGAAAUUGGCUGCUACAAACAGGCAAACGUUAUGAGCUUUCCCUGCUGUUGUUGGAUCCUCAUGCAAAUCAGAUGUACAUUAGUGAUAACUUGCGCUUUGACGUUGGUAUCUCUAGCGACUACUUCGAAAUCCACUAUGCGUCCAAAAAUCAUAGCUAUUUUGAAGUGACGCCCAAAAAAGUAGGAAAGACUACGCUGAGAAGUAAAUAUGCAGCUGUUGUGGAUGAGGCAGGAAAAGAGCGGCGAACAACAUGGAAAGUAACUAACAGGCUAUACAAAUCGCGUCUACUUUCAAUGAGCGAAGUCAUUUGUUGCCUAUGUGAUCUCAACUCACUGAGGAGCAGAAGCAGCAACAGUAUCAAGAAUUGCAAAAGGCCAAUCGUUGCGGGACAAUUGUGGAUGAAGACGAGUUGACUGGUGCAAAUGAUGAUUUCCUG